AUGCAAACUCAACUUUGGAAGGCCUUGUUGGUUGGGGCCGCCGCCGUGCACGGAGCGGUGGCGCAGAACGUCACCAUCUAUGGGGCAGGGGAGCUUUCAGAGACUGUCACCGAGACAUUCCUGGACUGUCUGACUAGUCUGGAGCCCGCCUACCGCGUGUAUGUGGACUCCGGGGUCACGGUCGUCCUCCCCCCGGGAAGCAACCAAACCAUCGUGCUGGACGGAGCUGAUAUUGGGCUCUACGACUGCCUGACGAUCUCCGAGGUGAUGACCCAAAUGCAAGUCGCCGUCGAAGACACAGUCGAGGCCGACGAGAACCAGGAGAACAGCAUCCUCGCAAGCACGGUGACCUACGCCUGGCUCCUGGCGCAAGGCGCGCAGGGUCAAACCCCCAUCGGGACAAGCCUGCCUGCGAGCGGCGACAAUAGCACCACCACCACCACUACCAUUGACGAGCGGUCGAUGAGCGAAGAUGAGGGAAGCGAGGAUAGCCGGCUCGCAAAGCGCACCCACUACCACUACUACGCCUACCUGUCCGACUACUCGACCUGCACCAGCUCGUCGCUGGAGACCCGAUAUGGGAGCACCUGCUACAACCACAACCAGCCCUACUAUGGGGUGCGCUUCGAGAACGCCUUUGCCGAGAAAAUCCUGACCAUGAUCAUCUGGCCCCACCACCGCUGUGAGAAUGGCAAUGUGCGCUCCUUCACCGUCGCGCCCAGCUCGAUUAGUGCCUGCCAGGCGCGCACGACCUACUCCUAUUAUGGUCAUUAUGUCAGCUGCAAAUGCACUUGA